GUGGCUGAGAUUACAUAAUCUAUCCAAAUAAUCUGUUGCUCAGAACAAAAUAAACUCUGCAGCAAGCUGACCUUCCAUGAUCGACAGCCAUACAUUUCCUACUGGCUAUCUGAUACUAAAGCAAAGGAAAUGGCAAUGCUUUAUUACAGAACCAACAAUGGAGGAGGAGAAGGUGAAGAAAGCAUGCAAACCUCACUGUAUAGUAGUAUCAUUUCCAGCCCAAGGUCACGUAAACCCAAUGCUUGAAUUCUCCAAGCGCUUACAACACAAAGGAGUCAAGGUUUCUCUAGUUAUCACUCGCUUUUUUGCCAAAACUAUCACCCAUAUUCCAUCAUCUGGAUCCACCUCCAUUGCCCUCGAAACCAUAUCUAAUGGCUACGAUGAAGGUGGUGUAGAUGCCAUAGUAAAUGGCAAGGUCUACCAGGAAACGUUGAGGAGGGUGGGUUCCCAAACGCUUUCUGAUCUUAUUCAGAAGUUGAAUGCUUCUGCCUUCCCUGUAGAUUGCAUUGUUUAUAAUUCUUUUAUGCCUUGGUGUCUUCCAGUUGCCAAGAAAUUUGGGUUGCAUUCUGCUGUUUUUUUCACUCAAUCUUGUGCUGUUGAUAUUAUAUAUUAUCAUGUUUCUCGAGGGCUGAUCAAACUUCCCCUUAGCGAGAAUGAAACCUUAUUGGCUCCUGGAUUGCCUCCUCUUCAACCUCAAGAUCUUCCAUCUAUGGAUAUCAACCUCCUGCUUACUGCACUGGAGUUCUAUUGGCUCGAUGAGUAUUGAAAAUGCUUCAGAUGGAUGAGGAAUACGAGGGAAAUGUUGAGGUAUGUGGUUUAUUUGUAGUGUAAAUGCAUUAGUGCGAGUUGGGUAGUAUUCCUUGUGUGGAUGUGUAAAUAUGCA